AUGGAAGCCUACACCUACGUAGGGUCCAACUCGAGGUCUUCCCUGCUUCCACCACAUCACCAAGACGCAAUGAACUAUGCAUCUGCGCGUCCAGACCAGUCAGAUCUCCAAGGGAUCGACUCAUCGAGGCAGUCAUCAUAUGGAUUUGCCGACGCAGGUCGCAGUCGUUACUGGCGCCACCACCCGCAUGACUCCUAUGGAGGCAGCACCCAAAAUGCCGUUGACUACACUUACCGUGACACAUACUAUCAAGAUAUGCCUCGCUCACACAAGCACUCAACUCAGGGUUCAAGUUCCGGGACAUGCCCGACCACCGUGAAAGGAACUGCAGCCAAUGAACACAUCCAAGGACCAAACAGACCCAGCAACUACAAGCACUAUCAUCAUGGCGAGAGCUCUAGCCAUGGUGUGUGUAUACAAGCCGCGGAGCGCUACAAUCUGAGCGAGUCUUCCCGUCGUGCUUCAAGUUGGACGUCAUCUUCUGCUCGACGCCGGAGUGAUCUUGACUGGGACAACGGCACUGCAGUAUCAGGUUCUCGCUACCCCUCGGAACAGAAACAUCAGGGGAAUCCGUGGUCUCAGGAAGCUGCCUAUCCUGCCUAUUCUACUGGGUCCGAUUUCCUUGCUGAUGAUGAUGAGCUCUGGGCGCUUGUUUAUCCCACAACCGAAACUCGUCUACCCGUACAACAGAGACUCGAGGCUAUGGCGGGUACCAUGGCACUGCAGGAUAUCCAAGAACUCAGACGAACACCAGUUGCAUCCCGAUUCUUUCGUACUCUUGACGAUCAAGAGCUUCUAUCCAACGUCACUGCGACUCCGCACUGGAACACAGUCAAUGGCGACCCGGCGUUCGCUCUGAUCCCCGACAACGGAGAGAUCGCCACUUUCGAGGAUUUGCAUAAACGAAAACAGGCUAUGGUCUCGGGAGCUUCGUCUAUGUAUGACUAUCAAGAUAUGGUGCCAGAAGACAGUUCGCAAAGAUCGUCGUUUGGCGAGGGAGAAGACCUUGCUACGGUGGGUGUGUCCAGACCUCCGGGACCUCCCCAGCCACAUGUUCCCGUAGAUGCGUCUCCGACUCGUCAUGGUAAUGCCACACGCCAGUCGCCUGUCUUUGCGAACUAUGAUGACCAACAUCAGACCGCGGAGCCAUCAAGUGCGCAGCGUCAUUUCCGAAAAUGUGCCAUGCCUCACGACGUAGAACCACCGAGCCAUGAUGGAUGGGGUGCCCGGCGACGGACUUACCAAGGAGAAUAUGGACAUCCACAUCAGAAUCACAGCCAGCGGCAGCAAAAGGACAAAAAGGAUAAAAAGAGCAGAAAGGACAGAAAGGCCCGACGUGAAGCCAAUCAUCAGCAUCAAGGACACGGUGAAGUCGACCCACCUCACCACCGAGGCAAUUUUGCCAGGCAAGAUGAUCGUCGACAAGACAGCCUUCCAGGCCGGCAGGCGACCGGACGGAAUCGGCGAGGGAAGAAUAGCAACAAGCAAGGUCAGAAGCGUGCCUACGAGCAUUCACCACGGGAUGCGAGGAACGAAGAACGUGAUGCUGUAAAGCGGCGGAAGGUGAAUUGA